GAGGAAGACGGGCUCGCAGCCGUUGGGGAGGGUCUGUGCCCCGCUCCUGCUCCUGACUCACCGCUGUUCGCUCUCGCCGAGGGACAAGUCGGUCAGGAAGCCGCGCCGCAGCCAUGGCGUUUAAAGACACCGGGAAGACCCCCGUGGAGCCGGAGGUGGCGAUUCACCGAAUUAGGAUUACUCUAACCAGCCGCAAUGUAAAGUCUUUGGAGAAGGUGUGUGCUGACUUGAUCAGAGGCGCGAAGGAAAAGAAUCUCAAAGUGAAAGGACCAGUUCGGAUGCCUACGAAGACUCUGAGAAUCACGACAAGAAAAACUCCUUGUGGUGAAGGUUCUAAGACUUGGGAUCGCUUUCAGAUGAGGAUCCACAAGCGACUCAUUGACUUGCACAGUCCCUCUGAGAUUGUUAAGCAGAUUACUUCCAUCAGUAUUGAGCCGGGAGUCGAGGUUGAAGUCACCAUUGCAGAUGCUUAAAUCACUUUUUUUAAUAAAUUGAUUACCGGUUGUUAA